CAAACCAAAGAGAGGGUAAAGUUGUUGAUACAGCUGGCUGAUGGCUUUUGUGAAAAAGGGCAUGCUCAUGCAACAGAGAUCAAAAAAUGUGUCACAGCAGUGGAUAAGAGGUACAGAGACUUUUCCCUGCGCAUGGAGAAAUACAGGACCUCUUUAGAGAAAGCUCUGGGUAUUUCCUCCGAUUCCAAUAAAUCGAGCAAAAGCUUGCAGCUGGAUAUAAUCCCAGCCAGUGUCCCUGGGUCAGAGGUGAAACUGCGUGAUGCUGCUCAUGAGCUUAAUGAAGAAAAACGAAAGUCUGCCCGCAGGAAAGAUUCUCAGACUUUUCUUGCAGCAGUGGAAAAAGCAAAAGCUGAUGAGGAGAAAGAUACAUAUCUAUGGGAAAUGACAAGCGGAGUCGAGGAGAUCCCACCUGGUAUUGUAAACAAAGAACACAUUAUCUUUGGAAACAUGCAGGAAAUCUAUGAGUUCCACAAUAAUAUAUUCCUCAAGGAGCUGGAAAAAUACGAACAAUUACCAGAAGAUGUUGGACACUGCUUCGUUACUUGGGCAGACAAAUUCCAAAUGUAUGUUACUUACUGUAAAAAUAAGCCAGAUUCUACCCAGCUGAUCUUAGAACAUGCAGGAGCAUACUUUGAUGAGAUACAGCAACGACAUGGACUGGCCAACUCAAUCUCCUCUUACCUUAUCAAACCUGUCCAAAGGAUAACAAAAUACCAGCUUCUUUUAAAGGAGCUGCUCACGUGCUGUGAAGAAGGUAAAGGUGAGAUUAAGGAUGGCCUGGAGGUGAUGCUUAGUGUGCCAAAGCGAGCCAAUGAUGCCAUGCACCUCAGCAUGCUGGAAGGCUUUGAUGAAAAUAUAGAAUCUCAGGGAGAGCUCAUCCUUCAAGAAUCCUUCCAAGUGUGGGACCCAAAAACUCUAAUUCGAAAGGGAAGAGAGAGGCACCUUUUCCUUUUUGAGAUGUCCUUGGUUUUCAGUAAAGAAGUAAAGGACUCCAGUGGAAGGAGCAAGUACAUUUACAAGAGUAAACUGUUCACUUCUGAACUGGGUGUCACUGAACAUGUAGAAGGAGAUCCCUGCAAGUUUGCUUUAUGGGUUGGAAGGACACCAACUUCAGACAACAAAAUUGUUCUCAAGGCAUCCAGUAUAGAGAAUAAACAGGACUGGAUCAAACACAUACGGGAAGUGAUACAAGAAAGGACCAUUCAUCUGAAAGGAGCAUUGAAAGAACCGAUCCACAUCCCCAAAACCGCACCAACAACAAAACAGAAAGGAAGAAGAGACGGCGAGGACUUGGACAGUCAGGGAGAUGGUAGCAGCCAACCUGAUACUAUUUCGAUUGCCUCACGAACCUCACAGAACACGCUAGACAGCGAUAAGUUGUCUGGUGGGUGCGAGCUGACGGUGGUAAUCCACGAUUUCACCGCCUGCAACAGUAAUGAGCUGACAAUCCGCCGUGGGCAGACAGUGGAGGUCCUGGAGAGGCCCCAUGACAAGCCCGACUGGUGUCUGGUUCGAACCACAGAUCGGUCCCCAGCUGCAGAAGGCCUGGUCCCCUGCGGGUCCCUCUGCAUCGCCCACUCUCGCAGUAGUAUGGAGAUGGAGGGGAUUUUUAACCACAAAG